CGUGCAUCUGUCCCGAUACACAACGUUAUUUUAAACCGCCAGUUUCAAACAAAUUAGGUCAACACAAAGGUUCAAAAGCACCGGUAAUUUUUGAAAAUACCCGUGUAAGUGGAGUUGGUGAACAAUGGAUCCAGACACAGAGAGAAUAAUAGAGAGGACUCGCCAACGGAGGGCUAUGUUAGAUCAGAAGUUUGGAAAAACUCCAGACCCUGCACCGCGGAAACGUUUCCUUGAAGACACAACCAACCAACCUGUGCAAAAAACAGUGGAAGAUGAUUCCCCAAAACGGCAGAGAACAUGGGAAGCAGAUGGUCAUGGCAAGUCUGACACCCCAGCUAUCAAAAGUGUGCAGUCAAGAAUGGCUGGUCUGGCAACUGAUAGGCAGCUUCUUGAAGGUACCAAUGAUGGCGACAUGAAGGAAAACAGAAGCCGUCCUGUUGCAAUGGAAACCGACCAUAAUCCAACAAAGUCACCGGCUGCAAUCAAGUCUCGCUUUGCGAAGCUGGCUCAAGAUCUUGACGAGUUUGAGUGUGACAUGUCGCACCCACGAAUCAAGAAAGAGGAAGAGAAAAAGACCAAAUGGCAGCCUCCAAAACGUGACGACGGGGUGCCACCAAAUAACCAUAACUUUGAUGCCAAAGACCGACAUGUGAGCUCACCACAAAAAGAAUACGAGCUUUACCAGGGCCCUAAAAGAAACAACAGCAAUGGCUCCAACCCAGCCCCAUCUCCAAAGAAGACGCAGGCCCCUGCACCUCCCAUGGCUCCGCCCCUGCAGGACAUGCCUCCCGCCAAACCCCCACGGGCCCCAUCCCCAUUGCGGGCUAGAUCCCCUGCCAGGGCACCCGUGGGCUCGCCCCACGUGAGCACCCACACAGUAAACCUUCAGCAGCCGCAGAAUGUCGCCUCUCCGAAAUUCACACACCAUGUGCGCACCAUGGUGAAUCAGGAGCCGGUGAACAAGCGAGCCGAUGACUCAACCUCAGGAGACGAGCCCACUGAGAAGCCUGUGACCGACAGGCUCGCCACGUGGAAGAAAGCUGCAGGCACCCCGAGUAAACCGAAGGAAAAAGAUCCUACUGAAACUCCGUUGUCAGAGAGGUUUGCAGGAUGGGAACAGCGUGUCACACAGACCCCAAAAGCAGACAGCACGCCCGCCAGGAGGCCACCACAAGGUCAACGGCAGAUCACCACGCCAAGCCAUGUGCAGCAGGCUGCCGGGUCACAAGGUUACCUGCCGGACAAUGACCCUGCUGCCAAACCUGUGUCCGAUAUCCGGGCCAGCUGGAAGGAGGCGGACGCCAAGAGCAAGCCUGCGCGAGAGGAGGAGCCUACCGCUUACUCUGUGAAUGACAGAAUGUCUGCGUGGGAAACGAUGUCAUCGUCAAACCAGGUUAGCAACAUCAAAAAAGUGGACCCCGGUUCAAACAAGGGGCCUACUUGGAAACCGACGGGGACCCCAAACAAGGGCCUCACUCCUCAGAAGAGCUUUAAGGAGUCAAUUGAGGAGAGGGCCUCACAGAUGGGCCGUGGGAAAGCAGUCGAGGGACUCCCACCUAGACCUCCAGCCCCUAAUAAUAGCGCUGCAAGGUCGCCUGUGAGGUCCCCCAGCAAGGUGGGGGGUCAGUCCCCCACAGUGCGUGUGCCCAGUCCCCAGGCAGCCUCCCCCACAGGGAGGGUGGGCGGGGCCACUAGAUCACUGCAGCAGAAGAUACUGGAACAGGUCCAGCAUAGCAAGACUGACAUGCUUGCAGACAAGCUCCGUCAAGAAAGGAUGGCUGAGGUGAAUGCCCUCAAUAAUCGGUACCAGAAUGGAAUACUCAAGGAUGACAGGGUCCUUGAGACAAAGUCAAGUGCAGAGGAAAACAACACUGCUCCACCCCCUGCUCCUCCUGCACCCUCGGCCCGUGGGGCAGCCAAGGGAGGUAAUCUAGAAGCCAAGGGAGGUAAUCUGGACCCAAAGAGUCAGAAAAGGGAGACGAUUAGGGACAAGGCAAGAGACGCCUUUAACAGCAAGCUUCAGGCGAUGGGGUUUGAACUUUCAGACGAGGGCGCCUCCUCCUACCCAGUUAACCCCAAAGACCGCCAGCCCUCGUCGGCCACCAAGAAACCAAGCAGCAUUUAUAGACUGGUUUCCAAACGCAGCGAUGAGGAGGAGAAACCAGUCGUCAAGCAGCAGUCGAGCUCAAGCCUCAAGAAGGUGCAGUUCCAGGAUACGAACUCGAGUUUUGACAGUCAAGACAGCCAGGAAAGGACCGAUGAUCAGGUGACAGAAACAGACUCAGAAGGCAUGGACGAGACGGAAGACAGCAUGGAUCCAACUUCAGAGGGGACACAGUCCGAGAGCCAGGACUCCUUCGAGGAAACCUACGACGGCGGAAGUGGCUCAGAGUCCAGUAUCCCAGAAUCCUACAAGAGCCCGUCAAAACGUGGGGACUACAGGCCCUCGCCCCAGAGACCACCGAUUCAUGACAUGGACUCAGACGACGUCAGUUUGAGCGCGUUUGUUCCCGCAUCCGUACGGCGGGAGAGCCUCAUGCCCCCACCUGGCCGUGUUCAAGAAGACACGGGCAGUGGGACCAGCGAGGACAGCUUUGACCGGGAGGAACAUGAACAGCAGCCAUGCUGGCCUGGAGCGUCGUACGACAUGCACGUGGAUUAUCCAAAGGGGGGUACGAAGCAGCAGCAUGUAGAUGAGAGCGGGAACAGCGAUGAUGAUAGCUGUGACAGGCAAGAGAUGGAUGAUCUCCUCGACGAAGCCUUUGAUGACAUCUCAAAAGCAGACGUGGAACUUAGAAACAAGGAGCCUGUUCCUCAUCCUCGAAAGCGCCAGAGCCACAUGUAUGCUACGACAGAGGGGGCUGUCGGACUGCCCAAGGACAACAACAACGAGGUCACCAUGAGAGCCAAGAGUGACGGCCUCGCGUACAGCGUAUCCAUGUACAGGACUAGUCGCCAUACAAAGAUUAGGACCACAGUUGAUUUCCGAGACCACCUGAGCGCAGAGUGCCCGCCAGUGGUUCAGCGUAUCGUGAGGAACAGCGAGUACACACACCAGGCCCCCAGGGAGGAGGACAUACAGAUGCCCUCACAGCUGCCCCUGGACAUGCAGAGGAAGACCAUAGACGAGCGAAUCAAGGAGUUGAAUGAACUAGUGACCCAGGAACAGAGCGUGAUCAUGCAGACAAGCAACGCCCUAAAUCAGUGUUGCAUGGGUGACUCACAGUUUGCAGGCUCGACUGAACAAGUGGAGUGUAACCGACUGCUCCUUGUGUCAUGCCAGCGCCGACAGGCCUAUCUGACAGAGGCCCAGCGGUUGAAGGAGACCCGACAGCUGGAGCCCGCAAACCAGCAGGGACCCAAGGGCUCCCUGAGCAUCAGCGAUAUCAGACUGCCCCUCAAGAAGGACUUUGUCACUAAAAUAGGCACCGCUACAGACAACACGACGCACUACUUUGUGAUUUUGAUCCGCAAUGGACCACAAGUGAUCACUACGCAGAUGCUGUCCACCCACGAUCCACUGAUGCGCGGUAGUCUGGACUUCCCCAAUCUCAUCAAAAUACACGGCAUUUCUGCGAACUUCAACAUAAACCUUGAGAUCUACAGCAUGUCUGUUUCUCGUGAACACGUUAAAGACAAAAAGAAGAAGACGCCCAAGAAACAGAAACAUCAGAGCCACAUGCCUUUGGAGAGCCCGGGUGGACCCCUUGCAGUGAGAACCACCAGCUUCUUCCUGAUCACCACCCUGCCCAUCACCAUGAGGAGCCUGGAUAAGAGCAGCUUUAACCUGGAACGGAUCCCGUACCUGUCACCACUGCACGGCAUGAUCUACAUGCGUCUCAAGUGCAUGAUGGAGCAGCACGUAGAGGAGCGGGGCUUCCUCACCAUGUUCGAGGAUGUCGAGGGGCUCGGCUCCUGGCACCGCCGCUGGUGCGUCCUCUCAGGGAACAAGCUCUGCUACUGGAAGUACCCUGAUGACGAGAACAAGAAGGAUCCAAUGGGAUACAUCGACAUGAAGCGUGUGAUCACAGAAAAGGCAGGGCUUAUGCCACGGGACAUCUGCGCGCGUCCAAACACGUUCGAGCUAGUGUCUGUUCGUCCCCCGAUGCGCGGCGAGCAGGACACCCUCGUGACAAAGACCUACAACACAAUGACUACAACUAGAUUCAUGUUGUCGGCAGAUACCAAGGAAGAAAGGAUCGUUUGGUGCAAUAAAAUUAAUCGCGCUCUGGCCAACAUCAGGACAUGGCACGCUGAUGCAAUGAGGCCAAUAAAGGCCCCAAAAUAAGUCAGCAUGUGCAAUCUGCAUUGUCAGAAAUCUUGUUCUGAGAUACACAACAUGUUAUAGAAAUGAGGCCCAUCAGCUUCCUUUGUGACAGUGGUUGGUUUUGGACUUGAUGUUCAUAUUGUUAUAUUACAAUAUUAUUAUCCUAAACACAUGUAUGUGUAUUGAUAUAGAGAUAUUUAAGUAGCUAUAUAAUCGUCAUUCUAUAUUUUUAUUACGCAGAAGGUUGCAUGCAAGUUUGUUGUUGACCUUGUAUUUUUAACUAUGAGAGGGUGUUUCACAUACUUAACACUGUCAAUUGUACUCCAGUAAUCAUGAUCUGCUAAAUGAUGUGGCGCUAACAUUUGAAUAAUAAUCUGUAAUUUGUAUUACCUAAUAUAACAGGUAUUAAAACGGUAUUGUCUCUUUUUGUGUAGGUGAUAUUCCUUUAAUGCCACAAUGGUAAUAUUACAAACCUGGCCUGUAUUCAAAAACCCCAAUCCUGUAGAGAAAUAGACCGGUAAAGUUUUAGAGUAAAAAAGUGUCUACCUACUGGUAUAUAGUUGUAUACAGGUGUCAAUAACCCUUUUAAAACAGAUGUUAUAAAGUAAUCAUAAUACAUUACAAAGAUGCAGAACUGAUACAAAUUAACAUUAAUGCACUCAUAAAACACUUGUUUUUUAUGCCCCGGGAUUGAAUGAUGGGGCGUAUAUUGUUUAUGGGCCAGUCUGUCUGUUAUUGUAUGUGUGUGUCUGUCACAAAACUUUACCUUGGUCAUAAAUUUUGCAAAAUUGAAUAUAGCAACUUGAUAUUUGGCAUGCAUGUGCAUCUCAUGGAGCUGCACAUUUUGAGUGGUGAAAGGUCAAGGUCAAAUAUAUGGCUUCAAAGCGGCGCAGUAGGGGGCAUUGUGUUUCACAAACACAGCUCUUGUUUGUUAGAGUAUUCUUAGAAUAUGGUCAAAGAAGACAGCAAUUCGGGUCAAUUCAUGCCCUGAACUUUGCAAAGUUAAAUUUUGCUUGGCUGUAAUGCGCUUUUGUCUGAAAUUCCUCAUGUAUGUGGUAAACAUUUUAAAACUUAGUGAUUUGUUGGUACAAGGUGUGUCUUUGGAGGGAAAACAACAACAAAUUAAAUUUUCCACUUAAGACAGUAGAUCAAUUUUUUUUUUAAUAUUUCUACAAUACGUUUGUCCAUUCACCAUGACUGUUUGUUGACUUUGCAAUAUUAAAUAUUGUAAACAUUAUGGACAGCAGUGAUGUGAAACAUGGACAUUGAAUUACCUAUCAAUUUUACCAUUUGUCUUUCAUUUAUUGUAAAUAUUCAUGAAUCAUACUGUAUUGUUCCUAUGUCAUUACUAUUCGGAUCAUUCUCCACUUCUCUAUUACUGUAUUUUACCAGUACAAAUAAAUGUGUUGUAUGUCUCAUGAAAUCUUUUUAGGUACACUGUGAAUAAAAUUGAAGCAAUACCAAAUCAUUAGUCAGGCUAUAUUAUAUUUGUUGUUCAGAUCUUUAGUGACUAAAAAAUUUCUGUCAAAAUUCAUGUUUUAAUUAUAAAACAUUGUUAUUUAUUAACAAUUGCUUACUAGGGAAAUGAAGCGAGAAUCCUAUAGAUUUUUUUGUAUGAUGUGUAUAGGUCUUUAAAGAAAGUGUUGCAAAAAGUAAGCACAAUAGAAUAAGUAAGAUUGCUUCUUGUAUUCAAUUUAAUUAAAGGAAAUAAAACAUAUUUAAAUGCUCAUUUGAUGUAAAUUUCUAUACUGUUUUUCUGCGCUAAUUGAAUGUUGUAUACAUUUGUAUUGCAAGAGUGUUAUCUAUGUUUUGUGUAUUUAUAUAUUCAAAAUGCCCUAUUUCUUCAGUUUCUGAUAACUAGUAACUAUGUCUUGACUAUGUCUUACUAUUUGUAAAUAAUUAUUAUACUAUUACUAUAAUUUGUGCUUUUGUAGAAAGGUAAUAAAAAAUAAGCAACAUUA